CGGUUUAGGUGUCAAGUGGAACGAACAUCCACUUCGUCCUAGUGUAGUAGUUGACAGUUGUUGGUGUGUUCUAUUUUAAGAAUUUCUCCGGCGACUAUGAACCUCUUCAUCGUCGUUUCCGCCGCCGUCUUUCUCCUUAUCUCCGUCGCGUAUCUUCCUUUGCUCAACGACUUAUAUUGGUCAACUCUCAAGUCUCUCACACCACCGGUUGGUAUCGUGGCGGAUUUGUUAGUGAGGAAUGGAACAAUCUUCACCAGUGAUAGCUCUUUGCCAUUUGCCGAUUCCAUGGCGAUUCGUAAUGGCAGGAUUCUUAAAGUUGGAAGCUUUGCCACUCUCAAGGGUUUUAUAGGAGAUGGAACUAUGGAGGUGAAUCUGGAGGGGAAGAUUGUAGUGCCUGGACUUAUUGAUUCACAUGUUCAUUUGAUAUCUGGGGGAUUACAGAUGGCCCAAGUUGGACUUCGUGGAGUGAGUCAAAAAGAUGAGUUUUGUAAAAUGGUGAAGGACGCAGUGCAGAUUGCAAAAGAAGGGUCAUGGAUUUUGGGAGGUGGCUGGAACAAUGAUUUCUGGGGAGGAGAAUUGCCCUCUGCAUCAUGGAUUGAUGAAAUCUCUCCUCAUAAUCCUGUUUGGUUGAUUAGGAUGGAUGGUCAUAUGGCAUUGGCAAAUUCCCUUGCGCUUAGGAUUGCUGGUGUUACAAGUUUAACGGAAGAUCCAGUUGGUGGAACGAUAAUGAGGAUGCCUAGUGGCGAGCCGACAGGUCUUUUGAUCGAUGCUGCUAUGGAGCUUGUCACUCCCUGGGUUAAAGAAAUCUCAGUGGAUGAACGUAGGGAAGCACUAUUUAGAGCUAGCAAAUAUGCUUUGACUAGAGGCGUGACAACUGUUAUUGAUCUUGGAAGAUAUUUUCCUGGCACCACAGAUGAGCUCUCCUGGAAAGACUUUCAAGAUGUCUAUCUAUAUGCUGAUUCCUCGAAGAAGAUGAUGAUACGGACUUGCUUGUUUUUUCCCAUCACAACAUGGUCACGUUUAUCGGAUCUUAAGCUUCAGAAGGGAUCUGUACUGAGUGAAUGGUUGUAUCUCGGUGGCGUGAAAGCAUUUAUUGAUGGCUCUCUAGGUUCCAGCAGUGCACUUUUUUACGAGGAAUAUAUUGAUACACCUAAUAAUUAUGGGUUAGAAGUGAUGGAUCCUGAGAAACUUUCCAACUUCACAAUGGCAGCAGACAAAUCAGGGCUUCAGGUUGCUAUCCAUGCUAUAGGCGACAAAGCAAAUGACAUUAUCCUUGACAUGUACGAAUCCGUUGCUGUAGCCAAUGGAUACCGGGAUAGAAGAUUUAGGAUAGAGCAUGCCCAACAUUUGGCACCAGGAUCAGCCAACCGGUUCGGUCAACUUCAUAUUGUAGCUUCAGUUCAGCCAGAUCAUUUGCUUGAUGAUGCUGAUUCUGUUGCUAGGAAGAUCGGUUCUGAGAGAGCCGAAAAGGAGUCUUAUCUAUUCCAAUCUCUCUUAAACGGCAAUGCACUCUUGGCACUUGGUUCAGACUGGCCUGUUGCAGACAUUAACCCGUUGCAUAGUAUCAGAACCGCGGUUAAAAGAAUACCUCCCAAGUGGGAUCACGCUUGGAUUCCAUCUGAACGCAUCUCUUUUACCGAUGCGCUGAUUGCGCAGACGAUAUCAGCGGCACGAGGAGCGUUUCUGGAUCAUCACUUGGGGUCUUUAUCUCCAGGAAAACUCGCAGAUUUUGUCAUACUGUCAACAAAUUCUUGGGAUGAGUUCUCAAAAGACGUUUCUGCUUCAGUUUUGGCAACCUAUGUAGGAGGAAAGCAAUUGUAUCCAUGAAUCAUAUGAUGGAUAAGUCAUUAAGUCUUAUCUAAUUAACUAUUUUUUUCCCGACAAUGGAGUAUUUAAUUAAGAAACAAACUUUAUACACUAGAAUUAUCUGAUUAUUUAUUU